AAUAAAACAAGACCUUCCCGCCAUCUUUGAAUUGCGGAACUGUGAUUGACCUCCAAACAUGGCUUCAUUGUCCGUUUUUCCAGCUCCUCCCUCAAUGGGCGAAGUAACGUUAUGUGAAAUGAAUGCCAGAUUGAUAGCUGAGGAUUACAGCACUGCAAAGUUGUCAAAAUAUGUGCCCGCAACUCAGGGGAUCAAGUAUCCUUCAAUUGAUGUAAGCAUUGAGAGUGCAAAGACAGGAAAUAACUUGUCCAGCUCUAUAGAUCCAGAUUGGGGGUCAUUAGUGAAGAAAGAAAAAAGUAUUUAUAACAAGCUUCUUAAGGUUUGGCAUUCCAAAGGAAUAUCUGAAAUGCUACAAGAGGUCAAGAAAAGCAAGGAUGAAGUUCCAUCAUGGUUUUGGCAUAUGAGCAAUGGAACAGACACUGUGGUAAGAUGGUUCUUAUCGCUGUAUGGCUACAUUUUCCCUCAUUUAAAGUUAUCCAGAGAGGAAAUGAUCGAUGCCUUUUCAUGUGUGUCUUCUUGGAAAAACUCUCACAUCAGGGCAUUUGCGUGGCACCCUCAUGUUGCUAAAUUUGUGGUGGCAUGGCAGAAUGAUUCAGUUAUGGUCUAUACAUUAUCAAGUGACUUGGUUCCUAUACUAGAGCACAAACAACAGAAAGCUGUUAGUUGCCUGGCUUGGAGACCUCUGUCAGGAUCUGUAUUAGUGGUUGGCUGUGACAGUGGUUUGUUUGUCUGGACUGUUAAUCCAUCAUCACCUAUUCUAAGACUUGGAGGUAGCUCUGUGCGUCAUCUGUCCUAUCCAGGUCAUAGCCCAGUAACAACUGUCUCAUGGAGUCCCAGUGGACAGUUGUUGGUGUCUGGUUCACCAGCAGACAGCAAUUUAAUGGUGUGGGAUGUGGCUCUGGAGACAGCCACACCCUUAUAUAGAGCAGGAGGUGGUGUAACACUCACAUCUUGGUCACCAGAUGAGAGGAAUGUAUUAAGUGCCACACCCUCUAGCUUGUUCAGAGUAUGGGAGACUCAGACUUGGACAUGUGAAAAGUGGUCCAAUUUGGCAGGGGCCUGUCAGGCAGCUUGUUGGAGUCCUGAUGGCAAGAUUCUUGUGUUUGCUGUGGCAGAUGAACCUGCUCUUUAUUCACUUCAGUUUCAGAAUGUUGACGACGGGCGCCGUAAUGCAACGGUGGCAAAAGGUGCGCGUCUGGCUGUGAGGUGUGCUGAUUUAAUGCCGCAUACCUGGGAGAAUACUGAUGGGUCAGUAACUUUGGGUGGAUGUGUGCGCUCCAUGGCUUGGGACCCAUUUGGUGAAAGACUGGCUGUUAUAUUUAAAGAUGAGAAAAAACAUGCUCAAGAACUAGUUGCUGUGUUCAAAACCAGAUUGAAACCAUCAUUUGAAAUCAUGCCAUGUGGCUUUGUAAGGGGACCUCCUGAAACAGUUCCACAAAUUGUUACUUUUCAACAAGACUUCAAGAAAGGAGCACUUCUGACUGUUUGUUGGUCAGAUGGAAGUGUAUCAUUUAUUCCUUUACUGUUUUCUCCAUCUUCUUCCGUUGGUUCCUUCCAAAAUGGAGCGUUGAAGUCACAGUGAUCGAUCAAAUGAGCUUGUAAAUAAGACUGUAUUUUAAUCAUUAUAGUAUUGAUAACGGACUCUGUAGGAGGAACGCUUUCUAUUCUCAGUGUUAUAACAAUUAACCUUUUGGGCUUUAAAUUUCACGUGUAGUAUCACGUGAUUUUUGAUGUAAACAAACCCCGAAAGUUCGGAAAUUGAGUCGAGCUCGCAGCAUAUGUGUCCAAAUUUCGGCUUUGGAAAUUUUUCUUAAAUAACUUCCCACUUUCAAGAAGCGUGUCUUAGCUCAAAAUUGACAUCGUUCUUUCGUCAUUUAUUUGAUCGUUUAUUAAGCAAGUUGUCAUUUCGCGGCCGUUUAAGCAGAUGCGAAGAAUGUUACAGGAAGCGUUGCGGCAUGGAAUAAUCGAACUAGUUCUUCAUACAGUGAUGUAUCUGAUAAGGUAUUUUCAGGGUGUUUAGUACGUAGAUUGUCAGAUAGACCCCCGUCCGACAGGAAAUUAGUGCCCACGAAUCGCAGUUGGACAAAAGGAGAGAAGGCAAAGGUGGAUAAGGUUAUGUCAUCGAGCUGUCCUUCGUGCAUACAAACGAGUCAUCUCGAUGACAUAACCUUACCCACCUUUGCCUUCUCUCCUUUUGUCCAACUGCCCCCGGAAAAUGGAAAAACUUGACUGGGUCGCCGUUGGCGUUUCUUACCCAGCAGUUGAGGUAUCGUGAAUCGUUUUUUAAGGUGCCAUAAGCUCAUCGCUUUGUCGUAACCAUUAUGUUUAGGUAUACACUUACUAAACAACUGCAAUCGUACACGUUCGUAGAGUUGAAAUCGGUUUUAUUUUUGGGAAUCAAGGCUUCCUCACGUUCUACAGCGAGCUCGACUCGAUGUCCGAAUUUUCGGGGUUUGUUUACAUAAAAAAUCAGGUGAUACUACACGUGAAAUCUAAAGCCCAAAAGGUGAAUUGGAAUUAAGUUAAAAUACCAAAUGAUUACUUCUUAAAAAAAGAACUUGUGAUGAUUCUUUGGUUUCUUGACCAACAUUUAAUUUCUCGUUACAGUAAUACUGCUAAAUCACUCAUUAAGAUCAAAUGGUUAUAGGAAAUGAUCGCCAAUCCCAAUGGGGUUUACCUUAAGCUGUAAAACGGCCAACCUAUUGGGCUGUUAGGCUCACAAAUUGACAAAAUUUAACCGCCAGUCGUAAAAAAAGUCAACUGUAAACUUUUUUCUCUUAACCAAGAAACCGAUAGCCGUAAAAUGA